AGUAGAGCAGCAGCGGUGGUCGGUUGGAGGUGAUAGUGCUCACCGAGACAGUGCUCACGUUCUGAUUGGCCCUACUAUGAUGACGUCAUUUGGCGGGGGGGGACGGCUGCUAGGCCUUCUGCUCACUCUCACUGCGCAUGCGUUAAAUGCUUCGCCAACCGCAACCGAUGAUGGAGUGGUCUAUGGAGAUGUCAGGACAAAUUCCUAUGAGACGAAUCGGGGCGUUCUGCGCACCAAGCAAAUCAGUGACGUUGGAGACAGUCUGCUCAUCGGGUCUGAACCAGUCGAAGACAAAGGUGAUGCUGGAACUCUCGUCACAUGUACCAGACACCAGGACAUCACCGAUUACAAAGAUCAUCAUCAGACAGAAAUUCUCAAAAGAGCUGCCAAUACCUAUGAGAGUUUACCAGCGGAGGGGCGAGCAACUAUAGUAUCUUAUGAUGGAUAUUUCGUCUAUCUCAGGAAAGAUCUAUGGAGCUGCAAGACUAAUGAUGGAAAGUUGAAGUUCUACAGAAUCGUGAACCAUCUGCUAGGAGUGAAAGAGAUAAUGGGCAUAAAAUACCAUGAGGGUGUACAGGUGAUAACUCGUCAUUAUCUGGGAGACCAGAAAACUGCCGAAAUCAAAGAGGUGAAGUACAUGAUGAUGGAACAAGACAACCGUAAAUACAUCAGAUAUUUGGGGAAAUUUAAAGAGGCGAGAAAAAGGGAUGACAUAGAAGUAGUAGCUGAUGCUGCUGGAACGGAGUCUUUAGUAUCGGAUAGAAUGGCAAAACCAGGUCAGAGCACCCAUGUGACAGAAUUGCAUGAGACAUCAGAGACACAUGAGAUACAUGAUGAGGGAAUCCAUCUGGUUGUCAAAUACAACUACCCUUCAGAUGCCACACAAACUAGAAAUGCUACUCUAGGAAAAGCUACAUCAAAAGCCAGUUGUGUACCUGAGCAAGGGAUUCAUCCUUUUCCAAAACAGUACAGGCUGACGUUUUUUGAAAAGAUAAUAGUUGAAGAGAAACCCUACGAUGCUGUAAUUCUUGAAGAAGAGAGGCAUGAAUACUUCAUUCCGAUUAAUCAAGAAAUUUGGUUGUGCCAGACGGAAGAAGCAAGAAUGGAAGAGCGUAAAAUCUUCUUCAGAGUUGUGAAUGAAGUUAUCGGGAGAAAAGGUGUGAAAAAAUUAACAGCUCACGAGGGUGUAAACAGUAUUAUGAAAAUCAAACUCUUUAAAAGUAAUCAAAUCGCUAUCAGGCUGAAAGAGGUGCGCUACAUUGAUGCCUUGUCUUACACUGAUAUCAAAUACUUGGGCCAAAUAAGACUGAAGGGGAAAGACAAAUUUGAAAGGAAAUACAAAAAUAAGAAAGGGGAGAUGCCAUUUGUAUUGAACGACAAUCGUGUGUUUCGCCUGCUCGUCAGCUCCGAGGGCUUUGACAUCAGGUUCGGUCAGCGGUGGCUGAGGGAGCAUCCCAGCACAGUCGAGCGUGUGGUAUGCUUUAAAGAUGCAGAAUACAAGUAUAAGAACUCAUACCGCACUAAAUUGAAUCUGAUAGCGUCCAUGAAGACUGACAGCUCGAAAACCUUCUCCUUAGAAUCGCCUGACAACUACAGAAAUCACCCAUUCGUCACAUAUAUAACUCAAGAGGUCUCCUUAUGUCGUGCUCCUGGAGGUGAGAAUCAAUUUCUGAGAGUUUUCAACGAGUUGAAGGUCGUGGAGCCAGUGCAUGAAGUGGAAUUCUAUGAUGGAGUUUUUGUCUCCGAUUAUGUAUUCACUGGACUGAAUUCCAAGUCAGUUUAUGUCAUCGAGAUAAAAUUUCUGAGCUUGAAAGAUGAGCAUGUCAUCAAGUAUGAGGGUGAAGUGGGAGUCCAAGAGUAUGAAGGCGAAACACCUACAUUGUUGACAGAUGAUACGAAAUCAAUGAAAGUGACAGAGGAGGAUAUUGUCUGGUCGGUCGGCCAUUUUCCCGAUGUCAACAUGAAUGAAGAGGAUCGCCGUAAAUUCAUUCAACAGAAUAGCAUUCCAUACGAUAGAGAGGGACAGUUCAAAGUUAAAAAAAAUGGGAAAUGGAAACUCGAGUUUGGAGAUUCCAGCGAGUACGUCACAAAAAUACAAAAAAGAACUGGACAAGCUGUGUGCCAACGAUUACGAGAAACGACAGAAAUAAAAGAAAUAAUUCGAUACAGGUUGAGACCUCGAUUUCUCGAUAUAAGUGGGACAGACGUUGUCACAUCUCAAUUAUUGGAAUCCAACAAAGACAAAUUCUUUGAGAAGUCAAAGACGGAAUUCUGGACGUGCAAGGAGGAAUAUAGUGGUGCUGUGCAAUUCGUCUUGGUCAAAUCUGAAUUCAUUCUGAAUCAUGAUGGAUUCACGGGGUCGUUGAAAUCUGGAGAUAAAACUUACAAGAACCUCAAUAAUAUCGGAGUUUAUCAGCUGAAUAAGGAAAGUUACGCACGGUUCAAUUUUGUGAUGCUGGAAGGUCAAAGCCAUUUCGCUAUCUUUGAUGAUACCAAGUUCUAUGGACUCAGAGGAAAUCACUACCACGAAAGCCAAUAUGAGGGAGAGCUAAUAUUCACAGCCGACUCGCAGCCAAAGAAGAGUGGAACAUUCACUCUUGUGGCCAGCCAGGAUGAAAUCGCCUUGAAUGUGGUUCCCAUCACCAGAGACAUUGAGUACCGAGCGUAUCAGGACUGGACAUAUAACUCAGUAUUGGAUGAGUCUGGCACAGUAUCACUGCAAAUUGGCAACAAAUGGAAGAAAGUCAUUUUUAGCAGUCAUGAUGUGAAAACAUGUAGGAAGAGGGAGACCAUUGAUGAAGGAAGAUUUGCUGCUUCAUUUCGAACAAAAAUAAAGAAUCUGAUUCAGGAGCCUGGUCAAGAAAAGUUACACAAUCAGCAAUUAUUCGACGAAUAUUUCGAGAUCAUCAAGCAGGAGGUCUGGGAGUGUGGGGAACCAGAACUAAAGUUUUUGAGGGUUUUGAAUCACUUCCACGUCAAACCACACCAUUGCAAUAGCAUCAAAGAAGUGACCUACUACGACGGCGUUACAAUAAUGCUGGGAAUGAUCGACUCCCAAACAUGUACUGAAAUAGUUGAGAUAAAAUAUCUGGACGCUGGAUACUACACACCUUUGAAAUACGAAGGAAAGGUGGUCCUCCAUGAUAAGAACAAUAAGGAGAUUACAAUUGACGGAAUCAAAGCCAAAAAGCUACAGCAGGUUGCCAAAUUGGAAAACUACUACCUGCCGAAAGAUCAAGCUUAUAAGAAGUUUAUUAGCAAGAAUGGAGUUGUUCUGGAAAUUGGAGUUCAGAAAGAAAAGAUUAUAAACGUACCGUAUCUAGUGUGCGAGAAAACAGAGAAUCCCCUGCCGGUUCACGAAAAUAAAUACAUGCCAGUUAUAAGAGUGAGUACAACACUGCGAGUCAACAUGGUCGCCAAACCAGUAGAGCUUGACUAUAUACAACGCCACUUUAGCACAAUUGUAGAACUGUGGAACUGUACGUAUAAUGGAAAAAUAUAUACAAGAGCUGUCGCCGUAUUGACAAAACUAAAAGGAGAUGAAUUAACUGUGGCAGAGAUACUAAACUAUGAUGGGGUCACGAUCGAUGUAUAUCCGAAGCUGACCAUUCAAGAGAUAAAGUUCUUCGAGGACACAGAUCAUAUUAAACCAAUGAGAAUAGCGGGAUUCGUUCAUUUGAAAGGGGAUCAGAGAACAAAGGAAAUAUCUGCAGAAAGAGUGUAUUACAAGCUGGAUGCACACAGACUGGCUGUCACGGAAGUCAGUAAAAGAGGCCCGGUUAUGGAUGUUGGCUCGAUUCCCGAAGAAACGUUUGGUACCCGUGAUGACCAUAUUUGGUGUGAUAAGAUAACGAAUCCAACAUUCCAGCCACAAUACAAAACCAAGGUCUACAUGAGCCCGGAAAAAUCGACGGCCUCGACAGAACUGGAUGUCAAAAACUUCAAGGACUAUUUCGAUACUAUGGAGGAAGAGGUGUGGAAGUGCUAUGGCAAACAGGCUUUCGCCUUCGAAAGAAUAGUUAGUGUACACAUUGCUAUCAAAGAUAUCGCACGCAUGUUUGUUGCUGAUGGGAUAACCGUUGGAGAACAAAUUUUCCCUGACAACAGUAGAUCUAAAAAAAUAACAGAGAUAAAAUAUUUGAAACAAGAAGGUGGCACUUAUAAACCUUUGAAAUAUGAAGGGAAAAUAACUCUACAGUCUGAUUAUAAUUUCGUGGAAGCUACCUUAUUCCAGAUGCCAACAAAGUAUAGAGAAAUUGCAAUUGAAUCAAGUGACAGGGCAGUGAGUGCCCGCCACACAAAGUAUUGGCCAAUGGAGGUGCUGAGGGCUUAUGCACGCCAAAAACCAGCCACUAACAGGGAUCUCCCCAUCGCCACUUACAAUUCUCAACCGAAACGAGAAAUAUUUGAAACUGGUGGCAACAACCUUGAGGUGGGCUCUACACACGAAAGUACUCUACUUGUUAAAGAUGAAGAUCCCAUGCGGUGCUUACUCGACCAGUGGAAUCCGAUCAAUGAGCAGAGAUUCCUAACCAAGAUGAAACUACAUUUUGAUGACAAGACCUACGAACUGGAUCGUGAUACCAUCCUCGAAUACUUUGAUGUCAAGUUGAUCGAGGUCUGGAUUUGUGUGAACAAAGACCAAGCUAUGCUGAGAGUAGUGACAAAGCUGCAAGGUGUGAAGAAGUUCCAUUCUAUCAGGAGUCAUGAUGGAAUCGAAUUUGAAGAAUUCAAACUGGACAACGGGGGAGCCUCACUCAAAAUAACUGAAAUCAAAUAUAUGGAUGGAAGAACAUUCGAGGUCUUGAAAUUCACAAAACCUUUGAAGGAGAUAGAGAAGGUUGUCGUCACGAAACCAGGCAGCACCAGAAGUAAGGCAGAAAGUGCUGGAAGGCAGUCAGCAAGUGCUGGAAGCGGACCAGGAAGUGCCAGAAGUGUACCAGUUGGUGCCGGAAGAGGACCACCAGUAAGUGCCAGAAGUGUACCAGUUGGUGCCGGAAGUGGACCAGGAAGUCCAGUCAAUAAGGUGGCUAGUACUGGAAGUGGACCAGAAAGUACCAGAAGUGGACCAGAAAGUGCCGGAAGUGGACCAGGAAGUGCCAGAAGUGGAACCGGAAGUGGACCAGGAAGAGCUGGAACCGAACCAGGAAGUGCCGGAACCGGACCAGGAAGUGCCGGAACUGGACCAGGAAGUGCCGGAAGUGGACCAGGAAAUGCCGGAACUGGACCAGGAAGUGCCGAAAAUGGUCAUGAAAGUUCAGAUGAUGAGGCCGGAAGUGGACAUGAGAGUUCAGAUGAUGAGGCAGAAAGUGAAUAUGAAAGUUCAGAUGAUGAGGCAGAAAGUGGGCAUGAAAGUUCGGAUGACAAAGCAGGAAGUUCCAGAAGUCGACAGGGAAAUCCGGAAGACAUUGCACUCACUUAUUCAUUUGAGCCAUCAAAUCCAAGCCGCCAAUGGACAGCAUGGCAUAUUCUUUUCUCCUGGUUCAGAACCCGCAGCACUGAAUCGGAAUAAUUUCUAUGAUUAUAUUCUAUAUUCCAUUUUGUUUAAAUAUUCUUUAUUAUAUUCCCAUAAUCCAUGGAUUCGUUUUAGGAUUUAGCCUGUGGUAACAUUAUCACUAUAAUUAUAGUAUAGAUUUUAUUGAACAUGGGAGCUUCAUUCUCAUACAGGAUGAGUCAUUAUUAUUUCAAAUAAAUGAUAUAAUUGAAAAAUAUA